AUUCGGCAAACCUUACCAUUGCUCGCAACUCCACCACCACUGCUUCUGCUUUGUCUUUGCUUCUUUGCUUCCCCUUGCUUCGUGCUUGCUUGCUUUCCGCCACCAUGCCAGUCUUUGUUUUGUACAUGAAGAUGGAGAUGGAGAACGUCGCAGAGGUGUCGUGGGGCGACGACAUGCUGUGGUGUGUGGACCUCCAGCAGUCUGGCGGCAACGAAGUGCGCAGUGAGGUCGUCAUUGACACCACCGAGGAGCAGCCCCUUGAAGGGUCGCGUGGCACAGCCAACUUUGUCAUGAAGUGGAGCAAGUCUGACAGGAAAGGAAGCUCCGUGACAAAGGAGGAGAAGAAAGGCGGAGCGCGCUUCAUCACAGAGGACGACGUUGGCAAGUGGGUGCCCGUUGCAGCCUUUGACUGCCGUGGCGCCGACAUUAUCAAGUAUCACCCUCGUGAUGGAUUCACCGUGACAACAACCGGUGGCGCCGUGUUCAAGGAUGUGGACCUGUCGGAGGAGUGGGCGGACUAUGACGAGGAGAACGACCUCAGCGUCAGCAUCAUGGAGGUGGAAACCAAAGUGGAGACAACCAAGUAACUGUUCAUCCCACUGUGGCGCACGCUCCAAGCACACUGUUUGUGUUCACCGUUUGCAUUAAUCCUUAUUUGUCGUGGUGCACGCUGUUCCCAACACGUGUCACCAAAGGGGUGCCCUGCUUUGACCUACACCACGCGCGCCUGUCAAAUCGUUACAACCAUUCCCUUUCACGGCGAGUGUCGCACACCUCAACCACCUCCUCCCACCCCGCACCCGCUGUCUCUGCUUGGUCGGUCCAGUGCCAUUUGGUGUUGCUUCCAUAAACGCGAACGAACCAGCACA